UACAUACCUGUAUACAUACGGAACGGAGCCACGGAGACAGAGAAACAAAAGGGAAGAGGAAAGCAAGGACGAGUCCAGACGAGGCGUUCCGCGGAAGACUGACUUCGCUUUUUGUUUGCGCUCUCUCUCUCUCUCUCUCUCUCUCUCUCUCCCCGGGGCCCCGAAAUUGUUAGUUAGAGGCGUUGAAUUUGAAGUCGGUUUCGCCUCGUCUUAGCAGUUGUUUUCGCUUUGUGCGUCGAAUCUUCGGCUCACUUCAACUUCGAGCGAUCGAGUUUGCUCGUUUGCUUUAGAAUGUAGUUGCGGAAUCGGAAUCGAGACGAUCGUCGUUUUCUCUGGCUUGUUUGUUUAUUUGAGGUAUUGAUUUUGACCUGUUUAACCGGCGAUGGAAGACACGGAGAGCUGUAGUAGCAGAGCGUCGGAAUCGGUUUCGGCUCAGAGCCGGAAGCGGAGACAGAAGGUUGAGGUUUAUCACGAGAUUGUUCGGAGGCUCAGAGAUUCGGAUCACGAAGAGGCUAGUCAGCCUGGUUUCGAGGACGAGCUUUGGGCUCACUUUAAUCGGCUUCCGAUUAGAUAUGCCAUGGAUGUUAACGUAGAGAGGCCUGAAGAUGUUCUUAUGCACAAGAAAUUAUUGCAUCUGGCAUAUGACUCUGCCACUAGACCUGCAUUUGAAGUCCGCCUUGUGCAGGUUCAUCCUGUUUCUGAAGUAAGUUGCAGUGACUCUGUUCAUUCAAACUUCAUAAAGAAAGAGGAAGCACAUAGUUCUGAUUUUCCCUGCGGGUGGAGCAUCCAUCCACCAUUUGCUUUUGGCUUGCUACCAAACCUUGAAGCUGUGCUGGAAGCAAACAAAUCAAGCAGUCAAGUUGGAGUUGAUGGUAAUCUGCACAUUUUUCGGCAUUUAUACGAGAUCACAAUUUCGACGGUUGACAAGCCAAAACUCCUCAGUCAGUUAACUUCAUUGCUUUCUGAGAUUGGGCUGAAUAUCCAAGAAGCACAUGCUUUUUCUACUUCAGAUGGUUACUCGUUGGAUGUUUUUGUUGUCGAUGGCUGGGGGCCCGAGGAAACAGAGCAACUUAGAACUGUAUUGUUGAAGGAAAUUCCAAAAAUUGAGAAGCUAUCUAGGUCAAAAAAUCAAAUAUCUCCUGCUGGGGAUUUGUGGCAAACGGGUAGUGAGCUUUAUCUUGACCAUGUGAACAUACCAACUGAUGGCAUUGAUGUAUGGGAAAUUGAUCCCAAGCGGUUGAAAUUUGAACGGAAAAUUGCUUCGGGAUUAUAUGGAGAUUUGUAUAAAGGUACUUUCCACAGCCAGGAUGUAGCCAUCAAAGUUCUUAAUGCUGAGUAUCUAAAUGAAGAUGUGAGAAGGGACUUUGCUCAGGAAGUAUAUAUAUUGAGGUUUAUUACUUAUAUUCUCGUGAAACACCUGUCUAUGAUUUACUUGCUAAAGUUGGUAAUUUUUCACAACAUCUUGAAUAAUGGUCUUGUUGUCAAAGUAGCUGAUUUUGGUGUUGCCAGAGUGCAAACAACAUCUGGAGUGAUGACUGCUGAAACUGGAACUUACCGGUGGAUGGCUCCAGAGGUUAUCGAACACAAGCCUUAUGGUCGCAAGGCUGAUGUUUUCAGCUUUGGAAUUGUACUAUGGGAGCUGCUAACAGGAAAGCUUCCCUAUGAAUAUUUGACCCCGUUACAAGCAGCCAUUGGUGUGGUUCAGAAGGGUCUGAGGCCUAUAGUACCAAAGCACACUCAUCCAGUGAUGGUGGAAUUGCUUGAAAGAUGUUGGCAACAAGACCCAUCAUUGAGGCCAGAAUUCUCCGAGAUAAUAGAGAUCUUGCAACAAAUUUCAAAGAAGUUUGCAGAAGAAGAGAGGACUGAUAAAAAGAUGAUCCAGGUAGGAGAAAUUCCUGAACAAGUGGAUAGAGGUGGCCAGUGAAGAAGCAAGAGAACAAGAAUGUUUUGUAAUGUUUUAACAUAAAUGGCCAGUACGUUCCGUACGUAGCGUCAAUUUGGACUCGGUUCCUAGACCAUAAUGUCUGUCCUAACUGUCCCUUGGGCGCCCCGGGCGGCGGCGGGCUGGUUGGGUGUGGGGUGUGGCGGAGGAACGUUAUAUUUAUGAGUAAAUAAUGGUCAACUUUCAGCCCCAUCCAUCCCUCUGCUUCUUCAUCAGGAGACUUGUAUUUGAUGUGCCAAUUGUUUUGUUUAUUA